AGCGUUGGAGCACAAAGCGAGGACGGGGUUGGGGAUUGGAUGUCGACGACGGAUCCCGCGCAACUGGAAGCGCUCAAGCUCAAGAUGCUGCGGCGGCAUCGCGAGGCUGCCAGCAAAGCGUCCUCGCCAACAAAGACCAACAGCAGCAGCAGCAGCAGCAGUAAUAGUAAUAGUAGUAGUAGUAAUAGUAGUAAUACGACGAGUGCUGUGACAGCCGCAGCCGUGGCCACGCCAGGCCAUGUUCCACCAAGCCACGUCGAAUUGGCGCCAUCCUCCAGCCACAGCGCGCUCCAAGGCCGGCCUGCUGCUGCGAAUCAGAGAGCAGCCGUGGUAGAUUCUUCGAGCGCGAGCAAUGCUUCUUCUACAAGACACGACGAACUCGGUGCGAUCGCGCUCCCAAACCAUCGACCAGACGCUCAUCAGUCUGCGCUGGUUCAGCUGGACACGCAGGCGCUUGUGCACAAUCCUCAUCCGGUGCAGCCAGCUCCCGCAGCGUUCGUCAGAGUACCAACGCUGGCUCACAGGCACGAAUCCGUGGGAAACGGGGAGCCAAUCUCGGCGUCGAGCAAGGCGCCAGUACAUCGCGCGCUCCAGUUUGGCCAAGCGCCCAAUUCUGCAGCAUUGCCACUGCCAGCUCCAAGCAGAAGCCUCAUAGAUACAAGCAAGCCAGUGCCUUCAACGAGUAGCACGUCGACAGAGGCAUCACCAAUUCCCAUCUUAACACCUGCGGCCCAACAACCGGCCCAAGUCGCGCCUCCUGCCAACACGCCCCCCAACGGUCUGGGGCAGCCUUCACCCCCAGCAACUGUCGCACAACCAUCUGUACAACAGCCCCCAGCUUUCGCCAUGCCACACCUACAUCUUGCGCGCGCACACACCCCGACAGAGGAGCUGGUGGCACGAGCGCCUGCAUCGUCCUUUCCGAGUCCUGCCGCCCUGGCUUUGAAUGCAACAACGCUUGUUCGCGAGCAGGAGCGCGACCGCGGCCGCACUGCUUCGCGCGAUGUGAUUCUUGAGCGUCUCGCCAAGGAAAACAUGUCUCUCUCGCACAAACUCGUCCAGCAAUACCAGGUGGAUGAUGAUCUCAAACGGCUGCUCGUCGCGUCUGUGGCCAACCAGUUUCAAACAGAAGUGUCCAAGUUGGUCGAGGAGAAGAGCACGCUGACACUACACUCUCAGCGGCUAGUCGAGCGUCUGCAAGCCGAUGCCGAGGAUAUCGACGAGUUGUUGAACGAAGUCACGUUGUGGCAAACCAAGUUCCAGGCCAGUCGUGUCGCCUAUACCGAGGCCGAGCAGGAGCGAACCGCGCUCCAUCGCCUCUCGCACGGCGCAAGAGCUGCGCUGUCGCAGAUGCUCCAGGAACGCGAAGCCGCUCAGGACGCACUGGUGCAAGCCAACUGCUUGCUGGCCUGCCUGGUCCAGAAGCCCGACGAAGACAGUCGCCGCAGCCAGUACAGCCUCUCUGCCUUGAACAAGCGGUCGGGAGUCGAGCUGGCUGCCAUGACGCUCGAGCUUGUGCAAACCCUCGGCCGACAGCUGUACUCCGUCGGAGCCAUUGGUUCCGAUGCAGAGUGGCGAUACAAGCAGCUCGCGCUAGCUUCUACCAGCGACAAGCAACAAGAUCGCUCGGCUCGAUCCGGCCCGGGGCUAUCAUUAGGCGAGAUGGCGGCCGUCCAGGUCUUGCGAUCGUACUCUGCCAUCAACCCACAUUCCGUCCUGUCCUCGGCUCUUAUGGGCACGCCGUCAGCUGCUUUUCAUCAUGCCGCCGCCGCCACUGAUGCUGCUGAUGCUGCUGCUGGCAGAGAAGACGCUACCGAUAUUGGGCAUGUGCAUGUCGCCACACCUUCCAACCAUUUCGACUCGGCAACUCCAAUCAGUCUUGGCGUGUCCAACCUCAUCAACAGUGCCGAGGAAGACUACAGUCCGGCGCUCGAGCGUGUCACCACCCUUAUGAGAGAGCGAACGUCGACAAUGCCCUCGAACAGCUCGCAGCUGCUGGACUGCUGCAAGGCAUGCCGUGGGCCGAUUAUUCACCUGUGAAAACAACACGCCCGCGUCUCAGUUUUACUUUCGGUGCGCAAAAAAACCCACAAACAAACAACAACAAAAACCCAACCAAAAAACCCAAAAGAAAGCCAUCUUCGUUAAGAUUUGAUACAUUAGUUGCAAUAAAGGG